AUGCCUUCACCCACCAUCGUUGCUUCACCGGGGCUGUCUUCAUUCUUGAAGUCAUUGAAGUCAACCCCAGUAGAGGCAUCCAUUGAGCACCUGAUCUCGCUUUUGAAGCGGAGGCAGAUUCGCAACUCACGACCGUGUGCUGUAGCAACAGCACAGCUUCUUCUCAGAGUGGUUUCCGCAUUCCGAUGGACCGACGUGUCAAGACUUAUUGAGCGCAUCCAACUUGUGGGACAGAGGCUGCAGGCAGCCCAACCGCGCGAGCUUUCGAUUGGGAAUAUCGUUCGACGAAUUCUGGGAUUAGUCCGAGAGGAGGCCGAGGAAGAUCGCGACGCCGACGCAAGCGCACUCAGUGAGCCAGGAACCGAUAGCCAGCCGGGAACACCUAGGAUUUCAGGAGUCCGGCCGCCGCUCUCAUCAAGCAUAUCUACGUUGAGCCCGCUACGACAUGGUGCCAUCGAGCCGUUGGAUCCAACUGUGGCAGAGCCAGACACUGCCAAAUUUGUUGCCGAUUCAGCACAAAGACCUCCGCUUCUAACAUCGCACACGUCUUAUGCCGCCAGCGCGACUGCUCCCAUGGCCACUUCCAUGUUUAGCCUGCUUUCCCACCCUGAAACGCCUUCAUCCACGGCAACUCCAUCCGGAACUCAGUCACCCUCUGGGAGACCAACUUCGGCAACACAAGCUGUUUUUGCCUCUUUGACACAAAAAGAUUUAAGACCUGAAGUGAUUGGAGGAAUCGAAGAGAUCAUUGAUGAGUUGGACCAGGUCGAUGAGCAAAUUGCUGGCUAUGCUUUGGAUCACAUACAUUCAAACGAAAUCAUUCUGACCCACACUUCCUCCAUGACGGUCCAAAAAUUUCUUCUUACCGCUGCAAGGAAGAGAAAAUUUACCGUCGUCCAUGCCGAAGCUUACCCUAACGAUCAUGAAGCGACUCAUGCUACUGUGACUGGCAAGAUGGUCAAUGAAAACCAGGAUGAGCUCAGCUCUGAAGCAUUCCAGAAGCCCCUUACUGCUGCCGGCAUUACAGUCAUUCUCAUUCCGGAUUCAGCGGUUUUCGCCCUCAUGUCCCGAGUUAACAAAGUUAUUCUGGGCACCCAUGCCGUCCUUGCCAACGGCGGUCUAGUUGCGGCAGCCGGCACAAGAGCAAUUGCCAAGGCAGCAAAGACCCACAAGACUCCAGUCGUUGUUGUAUCGGGCGUCUACAAGCUCAGCCCGGUCUAUCCUUUUGACUUUGAGUCACUGAUUGAAUUCGGCGACGUCAGCAAAGUAUUCAGUUAUGAAGACGGCGAUCUUGUCGAGAAGGUCGACGUUGAGAACCCGCUUUUUGACUAUGUACCAGCUGAGCUAGUAGAUCUUUAUAUUACCAAUUUGGGUGGACACGCGCCGUCAUAUCUUUACAGAAUUGUCGCAGACCAUUACCGAGUCGAAGAUAUCAAUAUUUAG